AAUUUAUUAUAAAAUAUGCUAAGCACGUUUCAGCGUUUUCAAGACCGCGAUGCAAAGUCGUCUCGCUUCCAAAACUAUCACGCAAUCAAGCAAUCGAGCUCUCGUCAAACACACAAGAAAAGAUUCAAAAGAGGAGAGAUUUUAAAUCGUCCUCGAUUUUUAUCCCUGGGUACGGAUUUUAGAAGACGUUUUGCCCCGUCAGUUUUCAAUCCUGUAAGACCUUUUAGUCAAGAAGGUAUUUUGCACAAUCCUCGGCAGAGGUUCGAGACUGUGUGGAGACUUUCAGAGCAGGAGAAAACAACAAAGCGAACAACUCAUCAAUCGAAGAGAAGAUCAUUAACAGCAGGGAAAAUGGCAACCAAAUCACUCAAAACCAGUGAAUUCCAAAAGAAGAGAAGAUCAAGAGAUGCAGCGCGAUCAAGGAGGGGACAACAGAAUGACGAGUUUGUGGAACUAGCCAAUCAGCUGCCUCUUCCAGUUGGCCUGGCAUCGCAGCUGGACAGACUCUGCAUCAUGCGCCUCGUCAACAGCUACAUUAAAAUCAAAAACCUUCUUCAGACCCUUGUCACACAAGAUGUGAAGAAAAUUGUAUCUCUGAAUGUGUCAGAUACCAACGUUUAUGACAAGUCUUCACUGGAGGCAUUGGAUGGCUUUGUCUUUGUGGUAACACCUGAUGGCCAGUGCAUUUAUGUGUCAGACAAUAUCAACCACUACAUGGGUCUCACACAGAUUGAAGUAACUGGUAACAGUUUCUACAAAUACAUUCACCCUUGUGAUCAUGAAGAGCUAUCCAAUCAGCUUGGAGGGCAGAUUCCACUGGAAGACAUGGAAAUCUUUGAUGGCCUUUUCUGCUCCGAUUCCGUGUUCAUGAUGAGCAACCACCUCAAGGGAGGAUCAAAAAAUGUUGUUCAUGAGAAUCCACACAAGUCAUUCUUCCUGCGCAUGAAAAGCACUUUGACAAGCAGGGGGAAGAACGUGAACCUCCGAGCAUCAACCUACAGGGUGGUUCACUGUACAGGCUGCAUGAAAAUGCAGGUCAGAGUCUCAGAAAAUGGUGAGGAGGAGCAAGUGCCAAUGUUUUUGGUAGGCAUUGGAGUACCGCUGAUGUUCAGCUCCACGUUUGAGGUUCCACUGGACAGAGCAACAUUCACCAGUCGUCACAGCCUUGACAUGAAUUUCCUGUCAUGUGAUGAAAGUGUUGCAGACCUGCUUGGUUUCACGCCUGCAGAGAUUGUCGGCAAGUCUUGGUACCAUUUCCAACAUGCUUGUGACCUGGACACUGCACUAACAUGCCACAAGACAUUGCUCACCAAGGGACAGUCAGUAAGCAAGUACUACCGCUUCUUGGUGCGCAAUGGAGGCUGGGUGUGGCUACAGACCAAAGCCAAUAUAGUUUACGACAGCAAAACAUGCCAGCCACAAUUUGUGCUGUGCACAAAUUACAUCAUCAUGAGAACGGACAAGCAGGAUUACAUUCUGUCCUCAGAGCAAUUGAACCCAGUGCCUGCUCCACUGGGACUGGACUUAGUGGUGAAAAAAGAAAAUGUGAAAGGCAGGGGGACAAGGAGAAAACACUCCAUUGUGUUAGAAGAACGCACUAAGCUGCUCAAGGCCACCGCACAUGAACAGCGUCCCAGUGGAGAUAUCGUUCCAAAGAAGGAGACCAACCUUGACGCAUGCUGUUUGAGGGCGCCAUCAAAAUCCAUUGCUAAGAAGUCUUGUCAGUGUCUGGAGGAUGUUGACUGCGAGCACAUGAAUUUUCAAGACUGCCUGCCUGUAGCAUGGGACACCAAUGAAGAAGUUAUCACACAACAGCAAAAAUAUGAAAACAUGCUGCACAGCCAUUAUGGCCUCAUCGACUCUUCUCAGCCCUCUACUCCAGGAGGCAGCACCACUGAUAACAGAACACCGUACAUUCCUUCACCAAGUGACGACCAAAAGAUUAGUGCAGACAAAGAGAAAGAGGCGCAAGAGGAAGAAGAAAACUUUGAUGAGCGUGCACCAUUCAUUCCUUUGUCAAUAGUCGACUCAGGAUUGGACUGCGACGACGACUUACUAGUUGAAAUUCCUUUCAUUGAUUCACCAAUGACACCAUCGUCAUGGCUGCUUAAUGCAGAGGAGAGCAUUCCUUCUCCAGGAAGUGUAUCUAUGACACCACCACCAACAGGCAGACCCACUGUUCCUUACACCCGCCCACCAAGUUUCUCCAACUCGUCUUCACCAGUCACAUCACGGAAAGGCAUACCCACAGCUGUGAAACGAAAUGGUUAUGUGACAAAUGAAGUCGUGUCCAAAGGGAAGGCAUUCUUUCCAAGCCUCACAUCGUGGGAAGCCGAGCUCAAUGCUCCAGUUCAGAAUACGCUUCUUCAGGGGGAGGAACUCCUAAGAGCUCUUGAAUGUGGAGAUUUUUUGUGAACUAAGAACUAUAAAAAUGAACUAUAUAAUCAUUCCAUAGAUCACCAGCUGUAGGUACCGACUGAAAUGCAACUUGAAAAGUUGUUGACAUUUUAUUUGUUAGAUUGUUGUACUAUAUGCAUUUAAUUAUUGAAGAAGCCUUCAUCACCAUAAAGGGGUUUUACAGAAGUGUUCUGAAGCAUUGUCAGAAACAUGACACUAAUAUUUCUUUUUUAAGGGGAUUCCGAUUAUUACUUGUAUAUACACAUACGCCUUUGGUUAACUCUUGGAUUUCAUUACCAACUGGGGAAGUGUCAUCAGCACAACAUCUUCAAAAACAGCUUUGACUCAUGGAGAUAGCCAUCAGAAACUGUGACACAAAGAAAGUGUACAAUAUUUCUUUGGCAUUUCACCAACUUGACAGUGAUGGUUGAUGCUGCAAAAAGUUUCUAACUGUUAAACAUUUCUUGUUAUGACACUGACCACCUCUAUUGCAAGUUGACUUACCUAACAACCGAGCUAAACUCCUUUCUAAAAACCCAGCAGUCGUACACUUAGAUUUCUACUAAUUUCACAUUCAGUCAGGUCUUAGAAUCCCCUUCAUGUUGGUAACGUAGUUACAAGUAUUAGGGGAUGUUGGUAAUGUUGUUGUUAGGGACCUUGUGUGAUUUUAUGUAGUUCAUAGAUUGAUAGCUUUUAAUUAAAAGUAUUUGUAGUUUGCUAAAUAAUAUUUACAUGUACAUUGUAGCUAGAAUGUAUUCUAGGGUAUAUUACAAGCAUUUUAACCAUCGUCAAUUUUCACAUUUCAUUUUUCACGCUUUUCUUUGAUUUCUCUUUUUUUUUCUUGUCGUGGCAGGCAGAGUGGCUUGUUGGUUAAUGCAGUAAACUGUGGUCUAAGCAGUCUGAGUUUAAAGGAACUCUAUCACAGUAUUUUGAGUUAUUUUGGUCACAUACAAAAUAACCUUUAAAUUGAAGGAAAGCUGAAAAUAGUGGUUAACCAAGAGAAACACCAAAGAGAUAUUAAUAAACCAUAAAGGAACAAGGAUGGUUAAGGAUGGAGAAGA